AUGCGUCGAACCUAUCUUCUCAGCCUCUUGGCUGCCGUAUCAACUGCUGCAGCUGUCGUGCCGGAGAGUGACCUCAACGAGCUCGACACCCGUGCCAUCUUUGGCCGCCAAUGCUUCGCCGCCUGUCGAUGUCCUGGAGGCGAGGGCCUUUCAUGCUGUUCUGACCGAGCUUGCUCUUGCUGCACCGGCUUUGAGUUGCCAGGGCGGCACAUGUGCCUAGAUUUAGACAAGCGCUUGGCAAACUUUUGGGCCGGUAUCCCCCGCUGCGGCACCGAUUAG